UUUAUCUCUUUCUAAUAGGCUUAAUUAAAUAUAACCAAGAAUUUUAAUGGGAAUUUUGAAUUUCGUUUCGGGAAUAUUCCUUGGGAUAUGCACGAAAUCCGGGAACGUUUCCGGCUUCUACAUUACCCCACCCUGACAUUUGGAGACAUGAAAUCGAAUUCAUAUGAUAACAAUUUGAAUAAAUCUUUGGAAGAAGUUGACGUUGAAAUUUUACAAUUGAUUAGGGAAGUAAAAGACACGCAAAAAAGUGAAAUUGAGCUUAUUGCUUCAGAAAAUUUUGCAUCGAAGGCUGUGUUAGAAGCAUUGAGUUGCUGUGCUCAUGGCAAAUAUUCUGAGGGUUAUCCUCAUAGUAGAGAUUAUGGCGGCGAUGAAGUUAUUGAUAAAAUUGAACUAUUAUGCCAAAAGAGGGCUUUGGAACUUUAUGAACUUGACCCCAAUAAAUGGGGAGUUAAUGUGAAAGUUUAUUCUGGAUCUCCCGCCAAUUUUGCAGUUUACACAGCUUUGGUAGGCCCUCACGGGAGAAUAAUGGGCUUGGACCUAAUUGAUGGGGGUCAUUUGACUCAUGGAUUUAUGACAGAAAAGAAAAGGGUUUCCGCUAGUUCCUUAUUUUUUGAAUCUAUGCCUUACAAAAUCGAUCCCAUUACAGGCUUAAUUAACUACGAUGAUUUGGAAAGAAGCGCCAAACUGUUUAAGCCUAAGUUAAUAAUAGCUGGCAUAACCUGCUAUUCCCGUCAUCUGGAUUACCCUAGAUUUCGUGCCAUUUGUGAUAGCCAAGACGCCAUCCUAAUGGCUGAUAUGAGUCAUGUGUCCGGCCUAGUUGCAGGAGGUCAAGUACCAAUUUCCCCGUUCAUUUUUUCUGACAUAGUAACUACGACCACCCAUAAAUCAUUGAGGGGCCCUAGGGGGGCAUUAGUAUUUUAUAGGAAAGGUAUUAAAAACAUUAAAGCCAACGGUGAAAAAGAACUUUACGAUUACGAAAAGUUGAUCAACGAAGCAGUAUUUCCUGGGCUUCAAAGCGGAUCUCACAACAAUGUUAUUGCUAGUGUUGCUGUUGCAUUGAAAAUGGCACACAAUGAGGAAUUUAAGCGAUACGCUAAGCAAAUUAUUGUCAAUUCUAGGGCGCUUUGCAAAGAACUACAGGACCUUGGAUACCAUAUUGUCACAGGUGGAACUGAUAAUCAUAUUUUAUUGGUAAAUUUGACACCCAUUCAUCUUACGGGCAGUAAGGCGAUAAAAAUACUCGAGAAAAUAGGAAUCGCUUGCAGUAAAUACACUGUUCCCGGCGAUAAAAGCCUUCUUAGCCCGUCUGGCAUUAGGUUAGGAACUCCGGCAGUUACUUCGAGAGAUAUGAGAGAUGCGGAUAUGAAAACUGUAGCUCGUUUUAUACAUUCAGCCCUGACACUAGGCAUAGGUAUACAGAAAUAUUUGCUAAACAAAAAUCCUAACCCUGAAAAUUUGGUAAAUCUUAAGGAUUUCUCAGCCUUCGUUGAUAAUGAACCCAAAAAUGAAGAAAUCAGUCAUGACAGCAAAAUCAUGGUUCUCAAAAAGGGAAUAGAAAACUUAGGCCACGAAGUUAAGACUUUCGCCAGUGGAUUCCCUUUACCCGGAUUCGAAAAUUUUUAAAGGUUUUUAUAUUUAGAUAUUUCCAAUAUCUUCAUUAGAAAAUUAUUUUAAAAUAAUGACAUUUUUUAUAAUUAACAUUUUUUUUCUAAAUUAAUACAUUCAUAUUUUUAUCACAGUCAUUUUUUUUCAAAAUCAUUACAGCCAUUUAAUUUUCAUUUGUUACAAAUGAUUUGACUUUGAAAAAUUAUUAUAUAAAUAAUUAAAUUUUAUCACGUAUGUUUUUUAACUUGCCAAUAUAGUUUAUAUAUAUUUUUAAAGAUAAUAAUAAAUCUAUAAAGUUCUUCUCUAAAAUUAUUAAAUCGAAUUGAGCUAAAAAAUAUUAGUUAAUAAUUCUUUAACAGAUUUCAUAUUUAUCACAUUUGUAAAAAGAUGCUUUUCAUAAAAAAACCUUCAGAGAUGCCCAUUUUAAAGUCCAGCCCAAUUUUUUUAAAUUUUGACCCAAUCAAAUGUAUACCCAACUUCAUUGUUUUAACUUUUAAGAUACUUAUUUUUAUUUGUAGCUUGUAAGCAAAUUUUUUAUUUUAUAAUAUAUAUUUUAUUUAUUUUUUUUAAACUUUUAAAUGUAUUCAUUAAUUCUUUGUAUUUAUUUCUACACGCUCAUAUA